ACAGGGAUAGGGAGGAUAGAAAUAGAAGGGAUAGGUAUAGAAGGCAUCAUGACAGUGUCGCGUUACCCGCGGAAAGACAUGAGCCUUCCCACGGUUAACACAGCAGCGAAGCAAGUGGUGAGUGGAGGAAAGAAUUGGAAGUAGAGAUUGGAUAUACAAGAAAAGUAUAGGCUGGACAAAGAGAGGUACAGUAGAGUACUGUAGUAGCUCGGUAAUGAGCGAAUCGAGGGUGGAGAAAUUGGAAUGCCGAGUAUCGAGGCGCGAGCAGGAAUAAGGGGAAGUGCGUCAGCAAGGGACAGAUCUGACGAGAAGCUGGGCCGAGGGCAAUCUCAGUUCUCAAGGGGAUAACAAGGAGGAGGGAGAGGAAGGAGAGAGCGUUGGACGUGUAAAUAGGAGGCGACUCAGAAGGACUAGCGCUUUUCGCUUGUAUGUUUUCAUUCUAUACUGCAAUUUGCUAUAAUCCUACUGGAGUCUAGCAGUGCGGGAAUUCGAUCUCAAGUAGAUCCGAGUAGGCGGCGUGCGGCUUGUAACAUAAGGAGAGCUCGGUCCCACAGCCCCAGUAAUAACCUACCAGAGGCGGAAGGGACAUAUAGGGCAGAAGAAAGGCAAUGAGGAAGGAUAGGUGGAGUAAAUGGGAGAGAAGGCGAUUGAGAGACAAGAGAAGGGGAUUCAAACCCCCAAGUUCAGGCGAGCAGAAGGCAGAGGAGGGAGACCCCCCUGCCCGUUGCUCGCCCCAACCUGAAGGUUUCAACCCCCCUCUUUCCCCCUGCCCCUCGCCUGCCAUACCAAGGGAUCUCCAACCCGACCCCCCUGCCUUGCUCUUUCUAUACCCUGGGGGGUUUCAACCCCCCUCUACUGCCACUCACUCACCUUACUCAUGGGGUUUCAACCCCCUCCCCCUCCCUCACUUACCACCACCACCACCACUCCCACUGCCUCUCACCACCACCACACACCACCAUCUCCCAGCCCUCCCAGCCCACCCAACCCCUACCCACUUUCACCUGCCAGCAGUAGGAGCAGCAGACAGCCCACUGCCCUUCAAAAACAGCAGCCCAAGUGGCUGUGCCUUGUGGGGCGAGGAGUGGAAGUGGAAAAGCGUUUCCAGCCCAAGACUCAAAUCCCACCCCUGACGUGGCUAGAGCUGACGCGAACCAGAGCCACCAGCCGGCACGACUCUGACGGUGUCCAUUAAGCCUUAAACGCCAGAUCGGUUACUUGAGCACCGAGUGCCGUGCCGCAGCGAUUCCACCAGCCACA